AAAAUGUGUACCGGGCCAGGUCCCAUUGCUUCUGGGGGCGGCUGUUGUCUGCGCUGCGCUGCCAGGUCAGCCCAUCGGUGAGCAGCGACACGCCCAAGCGGUCAGUAGCCAAUUCACCCUUCAGCAACGCCAACAAACAUGCCCUUGCAUGAUAGUUACGGUGUAUGAAGAGUAUGUGCCUGGGAUUAUGGGGCCGGAAAGGCUAAGGAAAAGCCAAGAUGGCAAUAAACACUCCCUAGUGGACAUUGACUUGGAAACGUGUCUAUCGUCGGGAGGAUUGAGACGAAUGAAAAAGAAACUUCAUGUCCUUUGUGCUUCUCUGUGCCGUCCCGCUUUGAUCCUGAUCCAUUAUGAUCCAUCCAGACAGACACGAAGGAACCCAUAUUGGGUCGGUCUGUGUCUGUCUCUGCCCAGUCUAACAAACGAAUGGAGUCACGUCCCAUCGUAA